AUGGCCUCCCUGUUCUCUGGCCGUGUCCUGAUUCGCAACAACAGCGACCAGGACGAGCUGGACACAGAGGCUGAGCUCAGCCGCAGGCUGGAGAACCGGCUGGUGCUGCUGUUCUUUGGCGCUGCAGCUUGUCCACAGUGCCAGGCCUUCGUGCCCGUCCUUAAGGAUUUCUUUGUGCGUCUCACAGACGAGUUCUAUGUGCUGCGGGCGGCCCAGCUGGCGCUGGUGUACGUGUCCCAGGACUCCACAGAGGAGCAGCAGGACUUGUUCCUCAGGGACAUGCCCGAGAAAUGGCUCUUCCUGCCCUUCGAGGAUGAUCUGAGGAGGGACCUGGGGCGCCAGUUUUCGGUGCAGCACCUGCCGGCGGUCGUGGUGCUCAAGCCGGGCGGGGACGUGCUCACGAGGGACGCGGUCGCCGAGAUCCAGCGCCUGGGCCCCGCCUGCUUCACCAACUGGCAGGAGGCGGCUGAGCUGCUGGACCGCAGCUUCCUGCAGCCGGAGGACCUGGACGACCCGGCGCCCCGGAGCCUCACGGAGCCGCUGCGUCGCCGCAAGUACCGCGUGGACCGGGCGGCGCGGGGCGGGCGCGGCCCGGAGGGGGCGAGGGAGGGCGGCCCGGGGGGCGGGGCCGGGGCGCUGUUCUGA